GGAAAUCAGCACCAAGGAGAGGAAGGAAGAGGAGGAGGAAGAAGCGGGUUCUGAAGGGAGCCUCCAUUUUGGCUGGGUAGCCCCCGAGAAUAUAUAAAUAUAUAUAUAUAUUUUCUCGCUGGAUCGUUGUUGGAUCUUGUCUGCCACUCGCUUCCUCGUCCCUCGUCACCAAGCGGGGUUGCCUCUCUCUGCGUGGCAAUCGCUGUGCUUAUUCUAUCCGGGAGCGGCUGCGGGAAAAGGAUGGCGGCCGAGAGUCGGGAAGAAAAAGAUGGUGAAUUGAAUGUUCUUGAUGAUAUCUUGACUGAUGCACCAGAUCAUGAUGAUGAAUUGUAUAACCCUGAUAGUGAACAAGAUAAAAAUGAAAAAAAAGGAUCCAAAAGGAAAAGUGAGCGGACUGAAGUAGCUGAAAUUAAAAAACAAAAACCAUCUGUACAUUCCUCAAGGCAGAUCUUACCCAAACCUCCAAGCUCUUCUGUUAGCAACAACAAAAGAAUUGUCAGCACAAAAGGAAAGCCAGCAUUAGAAUACAAGAGUGAGGAUUAUCGAAGGUCUGACAGAAGUAAACGCCCAGAAAGUGAUAGAAAGAUACGUACGUCAAGUAGCACCUCCAGAGAUCCGUAUAAGGGACAGCCUGAAAAGGCAUGUAUGAGGAAAAGGGAAGUUGACAGAAGAGCUAAGUCCUCUACUCCAGAUGCAUCUGCAAGACUAAGGCAUGAUAUGGAAAGACGGCCAAGCAGGUCAAGCCAUUCUUCAAAAGAAGAAGUAAAUUCUGAGGAAUAUGGUUCAGAUCAUGAAACGGGUAGUAGUGGUUCCUCUGAUGCAGGAAAUACUGAAAAUGAAGAAGAGGAGGAGGAAGAGGAAGGAAUGGAGGAAGAAGAGGAAGAGGAAGAAGAAGAGGAGGAAGAAGAGGAAGAUGAUGAUGGAGAAGAAGAAGAGGAAGUAGAAGAAGAUGGAGAUGACGAGGAAGAAGAGUAUGAUCAAGAUGAAAGAGAUCAGAAGGAGGGAAAUGAUUAUGAUACGCGAAGUGAAGCUAGUGACUCUGAUUCUGAAUCUGCCUCUUUUACUGAUGCGUCAGUCAGAACUGGUUCAGGCUCAGAUAUAUCAGAUGAGAAAAAGAAGGCCAGGAAAAGAGCUAGAGGCAUCUCUCCAAUUGUUUUUGAUAGAAGUGGAAGCUCUGCAUCAGAGUCAUAUGCAGGUUCAGAAAAGAAGCAUGAGAAAUUAUCAUCUUCCGUUCGUGCUGUCCAAAAAGACCAAACUAGCAAACUUAAAUAUAUUCUCCAAGAUGCACGAUUUUUUCUUAUAAAAAGUAACAACCAUGAAAAUGUCUCUCUUGCCAAAGCUAAGGGUGUUUGGUCAACCCUUCCAGUCAAUGAGAAAAAGCUCAAUGCUGCCUUCAGAUCAGCAAGAAGUGUGAUCUUGAUAUUUUCUGUAAGAGAGAGUGGAAAAUUCCAAGGAUUUGCAAGGCUUGCUUCUGAAUCUCACCAUGGAGGGUCUCCCAUACAUUGGGUACUACCUGCAGGAAUGAAUGCAAAAAUGCUGGGAGGAGUAUUUAAGAUAGAUUGGAUAUGCAGGCGUGAAUUGCCAUUCACAAAAUCUGCUCACCUGACGAAUCCUUGGAAUGAACAUAAGCCAGUAAAGAUUGGACGUGAUGGACAGGAAAUUGAGCUUGAAUGUGGAACCCAACUUUGUCUCCUAUUCCCUCCUGAUGAAAGUAUUGACUUGUAUCAAGUCAUUCAUAAAAUGCGUCAUAAGAGAAGAAUGCAUUCUCAGCCCCGGUCAAGAGGACGUCCAUCCCGUCGAGAGCCACUCCGAGAUGUGGGAAGGCGUCGACCAGAGGAUUAUGAUAUUCAUAACAGCAGAAAGAAACCAAGGAUUGAUUAUCCCUCUGAGUUUCACCAAAGACCAGGGUAUUUAAAAGACCCCAGAUACCAAGAUAUAGACAGACGAUUUUCAGGAGUUCGGAGAGAUGUCUUCUUAAAUGGGUCUUACAAUGAUUAUGUGAGAGAAUUUCAUAACAUGGGACCACCACCACCUUGGCAAGGAAUGAUUGUUCGUGAAGCUGCUGAAGAGUACAAGACAGAACCUUGAACUUUGACAGAACCACACUACAUAUUUCUUUCUAUGUAGCUGUACCUCUAUCGACGGCUACAUUCUGAAUGUGAUUGGUCAGCCAACUGUGAAUCUGGUGAUAGUACUGUCUAUCCUACAUUGAGGAUAGACUGUCAUCUACUUUGCCAAGUGCCUUCCUGAAAUCCAAGUAUACUACCUGUGUUUCCCUGAAAAUAAGACUGGGUCUUAUAUUAAUGUUUGCUCCAAGGUGCAUUAGGUCUUAUUUUCUGAUUAGGUCUUAUUUUUGAAAAAUAUGGUACUAAGUGCAUCCAUCUGGCUGACAAUGUUAACUGGGGAUUAUUUUGGGGGUAGAGCUUAAAUUAUGAGCACACUAAAAUCAUGCUAGGGCUUAUUUUCCUAUUGGGUCUUAUUUUCAGGGAAACUGGGUAUAUCAAUAGCAUUUUCCUGAUCCACUAAUUUAAUCACUUUAUCAAAGAAGACUAAGGUUUGUUUGGCACCAUCUGUUUUAACAAACCCAAGCUGCAUUUAUUAAUCGUCUUAUUCAUUUCUAGGUGCUCCCAGAUCUGCUGCUUGGUUAUCUUUUCUAAGUUUUUCCUGGGAUUGAUAUCAAACUGAUUGGUUUGUGAUUUUCUGGUUCCAAUUUUUUCCUUUUUUCCCUUUUUUGAGAAUUGGAACCACAUCAGCUAAAGAAGCUUCUUGAAUGAGAAGUGAAAUGUUUUCAAGGAAAAAAUUCCAAGAAAGACCAUUUGCCUUUUGAAAAACAUUUUCAGGACACCCAGGACCUAGAUGAUUGAGAAUCUCCAUUGGCUCUUUUUCCAAUCCUCCUCUUUUCCAGUGCUCUCUCUAUUCCAGGAGCUCAAUAAAAUUUUAUUCAGUGGUUCUGAGAUCAACCUGUUGGUUUCUUCAGAAUCCUGGGAUGUAAUACUUUUGGUCCUGCGAUUUGAACUCAUCUAAAGUGGAAAGGUGUUUUCUUAACAUUUCCCCCCUAUUUUGUCCUUUCCUGUUCUGUGUCCCACCAUGCUAUUUUUGAUAGAUUGGACUAUUUUUUUUCCUUUUGCAUGUGGUCAAAUGCAAAGAGGAAUUAAGCAGUUCCAUUUUUCCUUGACGCUCGUCACUAUGUUGCCAUCUUUUUUAAUAGACCUAUCAUUUGCUUGACUUUUUUCUUGUUCUUUACAUGUUGAAAAAACUUUAAAAUUAUUUUUGGCAUUUGUUGCAAAUCUUAGUUCAUUCUGAUCCUUAAUUAUCUGAUUCUAUCCUUGCAGGUGCAGGCUAUUGGUCAGUAUUUUGUUUUAGUUAUGUGUAUCUCUGUCCAUUCCAAGUCUUAAUUCAUUCUGAGCAUUAGCUUUCCUGUCUCCAUGCUUGCAGAUUCAGAGAACCAUUCUGGGCACUAUCCAAUUGGAGCCCUAUUGACCUGAAAUAACUUAUGGAAUGUUUUGAAGUAGCUUAAGUUUUACUGUUUUAUUAAACUUACCCACAAAAAGUCUAUUUUGCAAAUCUACUUUUGCACAGUUUUGCUGAGCAAAUUCAUAGGAAACCUGGCAGAUCCAGUCUCGUAAUGAUCAACCAAUAUUUAUUUAUUAUGCAAAGAAAUUAAUUUGCCAACAGUUUCUGUCCUUUAAAAAACUGAACUCCAGCUAACCUAUUAAUGUACAAUAUAAUUUGGUACAUAAGGGAUUCUCCAGAAACAAAUUAUGGAUAGUAUCAACUAAAGAAAGUUAAUCAUUAUUUCUCAGAGAUAAUGUAAGAUGGGGGUGGAUUUUCUAAACAAAAUCCAGGUAGAGGAAUAUACUUUGAAUUAUCCUAAAACAAAAGUUGUUUUUAAGUGACCAAAUUGGUCAUUUUUGAGCAGUCAAUUUCUCCCUUUUAAAACAGUGAGAUACCUACAUCGAAUAACUGUUCCAAAAUUUGAAGGGCGUUAAAAACUUGGCAUGCAACAAUGCACUUUUCACAGCAGUUUUGGAGGGCUGAUACAAAAAAAUACCAUUUGAACUAAGAUUGUUCCCCAAUAGACAAGGAAACCAUAACUCCUGGCCUGCUACUCUGCAUCUUCUGCAAGGACUCACAGUCUCAAUUUACAACCUCAACUAAUAAAACACCCGAGAAAUACUGAUCCCUUUUAUAUGUAACUACUAUUAUUAGAUCAGCACAAAGUAGUUUUUCUAAAUGUGGCCAAAUUUUGUUAUACUAUAUGCAAAAUUAGCAGAUUCUAGCUGCCCACUGAUAAUCUAUCACUAGUUGUAAUAUUUUGUCUGCCUUUUAUUUUUAUUAGUAUUGUUUUUAAUGCUUUUAUUUGUAAUGUUGGUCUGUGACUAAUAAAAAUUCAUUGAUUGGAAUGUCCAAAUCGGUCUGAAAUAAAAUUUGUAGUUGAUGCACAGUCCUGGUGCAGUAAUAAUGAUUAGAGUGGUUUCAGUUGAAAUUUUUAUUGAAUGAUUGAUCUUUCUUAUUUAUCGAAUCCUAUUCUAUCUUGUUACAAAAAAAAAUCUUUUAAGAGUAUCUUUUAUUAGCAAGAGCUGUAAAAUCAUGCUCUAAAUAACUUCAGCUUUCCUGGGGUCAGUUGUGAAAAUGUACUUGUUGCAGAAACAUUUAAUUCCAUGAGAAUUCAAAUACAUCCUAGAUAUAUAUUGCAGUACUGCUCAAAUGUUGAAUUAUAUUUUCUUGUUGAUGCUGCUAUGUUCUGGGGUAGCGGAUUACUGGAGUAACGAGGAAUUUUUUUUUAGCCUCCUUACCCAGGUAUAGAACAGCCUCCCCAUCACCCAUAUUACCAGCACCAUGCUCCUCCUCCGCAGGCUCACCCUCCUUACUCAGGACACCAUCCCAUGCCACAUGAUGCACGGUACAGGGAUAAGCGA